AAACCACAAUCAUGGGUUCGGGUCCCAUAGACCCCAAAGAACUUCUCAAAGGCCUGAAUAGCUUCCUUAACCGAGAUGGGGAAGUGAAGAGUGUGGAUGGGAUUUCCAAAAUCUUCGGUCUGAUGAAGGAAGCACGAAAGAUGGUGAGUCGAUGUACCUACUUGAACAUUCUCCUGCAGACCCGAUCAUCAGAAAUACUGGUCAAGUUUAUUGACGUUGGUGGCUACAAGCUUCUUAACAAUUGGCUAACAUAUUCAAAGACAACCAACAACAUUCCUCUACUUCAGCAAAUUCUACUGACCUUGCAGCAUCUACCGCUCACAGUGGACCAUCUCAAGCAGAACAACACAGCCAAACUGGUGAAGCAGCUGAGCAAAUCAAGUGAGGAUGAAGAGCUCCGGAAAUUGGCAUCAGUCCUUGUCAGUGACUGGAUGGCUGUCAUCCGCUCCCAGAGUAGUACCCAGCCUGCUGAGAAAGAUAAGAAGAAACGUAAAGAAGAGGGAAAGAGUAGAACCACUCCUCCUGAGCGACCUCUGACUGAGGUGAAGGCUGAGACCCGGGCUGAGGAGGCCCCAGAGAAGAAGAAGGAGAAGCCCAAGUCUCUUCGAACAACAGCACCCAGUCAUGCCAAGUUCCGUUCCACCGGACUAGAGCUGGAGACACCAUCUUUGGUGCCUGUAAAGAAGAACGCUAGCCCAGUGGUGGUGUCUGACAAGUACAAUCUUAAGCCCAUCCCCCUCAAGCGUCAGAGCACCAUGGCUGCUCCAGGAGAUAGCCCCCCCUGCGAGAAAAAGUAUAAGCCUCUCAACACAACACCCAAUGCCACCAAAGAGAUCAAAGUCAAGAUCAUCCCACCUCAACCUAUGGAAGGCCUGGGUUUUCUGGAUGCCCUCAAUUCAGCCCCUGUCCCAGGCAUCAAAAUUAAGAAGAAGAAGAAGGUGUUGUCACCUACUGCUGCCAAGCCCAGCCCCUUUGAAGGGAAAACCAGCACUGAACCAUGCACCACCAAACCCUCUUCCCCAGAGCCGGCACCCACUUCUGAACCUAUGGACACAGACCGCCCUGGCACCCCCGUGCCACCUGUUGAAGUCCCAGAGCUCGUAGACACAGCCUCUUCAGAACCAGGAGCUCUAGAUGCAAAGCCAGUGGAGAGCCCAGGAGAUCCUAGCCAGCUGACCCGGAAGGGCAGGAAGAGGAAAACAGUGACGUGGCCUGAGGAGAGCAAGUUGAGAGAGUAUUUCUAUUUUGAACUGGAUGAAACUGAACGAGUAAAUGUGAAUAAGAUCAAGGACUUUGGCGAGGCAGCUAAACGAGAGAUACUGUCAGACCGACAUGCAUUUGAGACAGCCCGGCGUUUGAGCCAUGACAACAUGGAGGAGAAGGUGCCCUGGGUGUGUCCCCGCCCUUUGGUUCUUCCUUCACCUCUUGUCAUCCCUGGAAGCAACAGCCAGGAGCGAUACAUCCAGGCUGAAAGGGAGAAAGGAAUCCUUCAGGAGCUUUUCCUGAAUAAAGAGAGUCCUCAUGAGCCUGAUCCUGAACCCUAUGAGCCCAUACCCCCUAAACUCAUCCCCUUAGAUGAGGAGUGUUCCAUGGAUGAGACACCAUAUGUUGAGACCCUGGAGCCUGGGGGGUCUGGUGGUUCACCUGAUGGGGCAGGAGGCUCCAAGUUGCCUCCAGUUCUGGCCAAUCUUAUGGGAAGCAUGGGCGCUGGGAAGAGCCCCCAAGGACCUGGAGGAGGAGGCAUUAAUGUCCAGGAGAUCCUCACCUCCAUCAUGGGAAGCCCAAACAGCCAUCCUUCAGAGGAACUGCUAAAACAGCCAGACUAUUCAGACAAGAUCAAGCAAAUGCUGGUGCCACAUGGACUCCUAGGUCCUGGUCCAAUAGCCAAUGGCUUCCCACAAGGAGGCUCUGCGGGUCCCAAAGGCAUGCAGCACUUCCCCCCUGGACCUGGGGGACCUAUGCCAGGUCCCCAUGGAGGCCCUGGUGGACCAGUGGGUCCCCGUCUCCUGGGUCCCCCACCCCCUCCCCGGGGGGGUGAUCCCUUCUGGGAUGGCCCAGGUGACCCCAUGCGGGGUGGCCCAAUGCGUGGGGGUCCCGGACCUGGCCCUGGACCAUACCAUAGAGGCCGAGGUGGCCGAGGAGGAAAUGAGCCUCCUCCUCCUCCUCCAUUCCGAGGGGCCAGAGGAGGUCGCUCUGGAGGAGGACCUCCAAAUGGACGAGGUCCUGGUGGGGGCAUGGUUGGAGGUGGUGGACAUCGCCCCCAUGAAGGCCCUGGUGGGGGCAUGGGCAGCAGCAGUGGACAUCGUCCUCAUGAAGGCCCUGGUGGCAUGGGUGGUGGCAGUGGACAUCGUCCUCAUGAAGGCCCUAGCGGUGGCAUGGGCAGUGGUAGUGGACAUCGCCCCCAUGAAGGCCCUGGUGGAGGAAUGGGCAGUGGACAUCGCCCCCAUGAAGGCCCUGGUGGUGGCAUGGGUUCUGGCAGUGGACAUCGUCCCCAUGAAGGUCCUGGACAUGGGGGACCCCAUAGCCACCGGCCACAUGAUGGCCCUGGUCACCGAGGCCAUGACCAUCGAGGGCCACCACCUCAUGAACACCGUGGCCAUGAUGGUCCAGGCCAUGGAGGAGGCCACCGAGGGCAUGAUGGAGGCCACAGUCAUGGAGGAGACAUGUCAAACCGCCCUGUCUGCCGACAUUUCAUGAUGAAAGGCAACUGCCGCUAUGAGAACAACUGUGCCUUCUACCAUCCGGGUGUCAACGGGCCUCCCUUGCCCUAGGGACCACCUACCUGUCCCCCCACUCCCAUGUGGACUGCAGCCUUGCUCCUUCCACCCUGUUAUGGCUUCUGUGAGGCCCAUUUCCCCCUUUCCCCAGCUGAUGAGGAGCCGGCCCCCUCAGUUCCCACCUGCUUGGGUUCCUAGGGGUUUUCUGAUCACUGGUGCGCAUUGAUGUACAUAUUUUUCUCCAGUCUGGGGAGGAGAAAGACUAGACACAUUCUGUACCCUUGACUGCUGAAGAGGAGACCCACCUGGCUUCACUUACGAGGAAAUUCAACCUGUGACCCAAACCCCUUUCCAGUAUUAACUUCUAAUGCCUGAGAACCUAAAGCUGGUUAUCCUGGAGACAGCUGUGCUCUCCCAUUAUGGGUUCUCAUGCACACAGAAUUCAGACAUAAGAUCAGCUGCACUUAGGAAAACCAUCCCAGCCAAGUUCAUUAUUAUUCAUGGGGUGGGGAGAUGGUGAGGGGUAUUAUAUAUCCCACUGCACUGAGAGGGCUCAAGUAGGCUGGAUUUGAGUUCUGGAAUACAUCCCCACUCCUGUCCCAACAUGGGCUCUUCACACUUGAGUCCUUUCUGAAGUAUAAGACUGCAUUUGUCAACACCCAAGCCUGUAUAAUGGGUCUGCUAGGUUCAAUGAUGGCAAACUCAUGUCUGCGUUCAGUGAAAGUUUUAGCUGGCAGAGAUGAGGCAUAUGGUGUUGGUCCACCCUUGCCUACAUCCAUUCUGAAGACUUCGUAAAACACUUCAGUGAAACCAGCUUUUCAUCAAUUUAAGCCCAGCAUGCUGGGCCCGCCAGUCACACUACAUGCACUGCCUUUGGGAGUUUGCUCCUUGCCCUCACUUGGAACCUUGUCAGUGUGAGGCUUCUAGCAACCUCACCCUGUCAGCCACCUCCUGGGUGGAUUCAACAAGAUGAUUUCGCCCCUUCUCAGUCCUCUCCUUCACCUGUCUUGGCAUCAGUUGUUUUCUAUGAAAACAGUGGAUUGGUUGGGUUUUGUGCAGGGUUUUGGGUUAGAACCACAAUGGAUUUGAGGAUGAAUAUUUUCUUUUUCUUUGGUUUUGUAUAUUUUGUACAUUAAUAAUAAACAGUGGAAAGAGAAGCAGCUUAUUUAACCCUUGGUGUGCCUGGCCUUUUUUUAAAAGAAGGAAAAAAAAGCUCUCAGUUGUUUCUAAGUAUGUUAGUAAAAGCCUUUAUGGAAAUCUUCCAGUCCUUUCAGGCUAACACUUGUUCUGCCUUCAAGUCACAGUUGGUGAUGAGUACUGAUAAG